AUGCCGGCCAUAUUGAACCCAGUCGCGUUCGAACACGACCACAUGCGCACCAUGUCAUGGCCCGUCACUCUAUACAGGUACGCAACGCUUCUGUUCGAGGUAAUCCGCAUCUCAGGGUCUAGUUCCGUAACCUUCAACCCAAUACCACAUCAUCCACCCGCGCCUGAUACGCGCCUCCAUGUCUCGCGAGCAACCGUGAUGCAUGCUAUCCGCGCAUCCUCCAUUGGGCAGCUUCUACAUGGUCCUCGCCGUCUGCAAGCACUUCCCGUCACGUCACCAUGGCGAGCCACGUCUCAGCGGCAGUCGAUGCCGAAACUGCUUGUGACGCCGCACAUUGGCCUGACUCACAAGCGGCACUUCAGAGCUGAGGCGCUCUAUCUACCACCGCUCGUCUUCACCGGCCUUCUGCUCACUCUGUGGACGCAAAAGUGUCUCGCAAUGAUCAUCUUCCAGAACAAGAUCAUUUACAUGCCAGGCCUGCCACCCAAUGCACGCAGGGAGCGCAUCCAAGACUACGCGAAGCAGUGCUGGGGCGUACAGUGGGAGGAGAAGAGGAUCCGAGCCGCCGAUGGGACGGAUCUAGCCCUCUGCGUGGCCUCGGCGACAUCGACUGGUGGGAGGAAGACCACGUCGCUCGACGAUACUCUAUCGGUGCCGUCCAUCUACAUCCUCUACUUUCAGGGAAACGCCUCGUCCAUUCCCCCACGGUUGCCCGACCUAUCGUGGGUCCUACAGUCGUUGCAGCAAAGCAAACGGCCCGCGCGAUACACAUUUGUGUGUUUAAGCUACCGCGGGUACUGGACGUCGAGGGGUCGUCCCUCCGAGAAGGGCAUCAACCUGGAUGCGCGGGCGGCUCUGCACUGGAUUGGGCGGGUGCACAGCGAGCACGACGUCCACGGGCACCAGCCCACGCCGGAGGUGAUACUCUGGGGUCAGAGCAUCGGCGCUGGGGUCGCCACGAACCUCGCCGCGUGGGAGGCGUUCCCGCCCACGUUGCGGCUACGGUCGCUCAUCCUCGAGACACCUUUCACGUCCGUCAAGGACAUGCUAGCGACACUGUAUCCCCAGAAAUGGGUGCCGUACCGUCAUCUCUGGCCGUUUCUCCGGAAUCACCUGGACAGCUGGACGAACCUAGCCACGAUCGCUGGGAACUGGUCCGGGUCGAGGAUCUAUGAGAGGCCUCGCAUUACGAUCGUGGAAGCUGGCAGAGACGAGCUAGUGCCGGCCGAGCUUGGCGCGAAGCUGGUCCGGCGCUGCGAGGAGGUCGGGCUCGAGGUAGAGAAGAAGACGGUGCAGGGCGCCUUCCACAACGAUGCCGUCAUCAGGCUAGAGGGACGCAGAGCCGUCGUCGACUGCAUUGAGCAGGUUGUUGCUAAAAUCUGA